CACGUUGGUAGCUUGCCCUCACUAUUUCGUAGAAGGAUCCAAAGUAGCUUUCAACUCAACGCUUUAUAUUUUAAGUAUGCAUGUUAUUUUAAUUAUUACAUUUUUACUUAUAAUAUGAGGAUUCAGGUUAGAGACGUUGGAAACAGGUCCAGGCAAACGAACAUGGAUGCAUCUUCUUUGCACAUAGCAAUGUUUCCAUGGUUUGCCAUGGGACACCUAACCCCAUAUCUUCACCUCUCCAACAAACUAGCAAAGAGAGGACACAGAAUCUCCUUCUUCAUCCCCAAAAGAACACCACACAAGUUAGAGCAAUUCAACCUCUUCCCACAUCUCAUCACCUUCUUCCCUAUCAACGUUCCUCACGUUGAAGGCCUUCCCCAUGGCGCAGAAACCACUUCCGAUGUCUCUUUCUCCUUAGCUCCACUCAUUAUGACAGCCAUGGAUCGCACUGAGAAAGACAUAGAGCUUCUUCUCAUUGAGCUAAUGCCACAAAUCGUUUUCUUUGACUUCACAUAUUGGCUACCAAACUUGACUCGCCGCUUGGGAAUCAAAUCUUUUUAGUACUUGAUUAUUGGGCCAGCGACAGUGUCUUACAUAAGAUCCCCAGCGAGGAUGCGCCAAAACAUGUCUGAAAGUGAUCUUAUGCAACCCCCUGAAGGGUACCCUGUGUCUUCCGUCAAGCUUCAUGCACAUGAAGUCAAGUUUCUUGCUUCUAAAAGGGAUUGGGAGUUUGGAAGCGGUGUUCUCUUCUACCACCGUCUCAACAAGGGUUUGAUCUUUUCAGACGCUGUUGGGUUCAAAGGUUGCCGAGAAAUUGAAGGGCCUUAUGUUGAGUAUCUUGCAGAACAGUUUGGGAAGCCUGUUUUGCUUUCAGGACCUUUCAUACCUGAGCCACCCAACACUGUUUUUGAGGGAAAAUGGGGUUCAUGGCUUGAAAGGUUCAAGCUUGGUUCUGUGGUUUUCUGUGUACUUGGGACUGAAUGGAAGUUACCACAUGAUCAAUUCCAAGGACUAUUGUUGGGUCUUGAACUUACAGGGCUUCCUUUUUUGGCUGUUCUAAAAGUUCCAAUUGGGUUUGAGACAAUUGAAGCUGCUCUACCAGAAGGGUUCAAAGAAAGAGUUGAAGGGAGAGGAAUUGUCCACAGUGGAUGGAUACAACAACAAUUGAUUUUGGAACACCCUUCAGUAGGCUGCUUCAUUACGCAUUGUGGUGCUGGUUCAUUAACCGAGGCACUAGUAAAUAAGUGUCAGAUAGUGUUGCUGCCGCAGGUAGAUGCUGAUCAUAUCCUUAAUGCAAGGACUAUGGCUACAAAUAAGGUUGGGGUGGAAGUGGAGAAGGGUGAAGAAGACGGGUUGUUCACAAAGGAGAGUGUGUGCAAAGCUGUGAAAAUUGUGAUGGAUGAUGAGAAUGAGCUUGGGAGAGAGAUAAAGACUAAUCAUAGUAAAGUGAGGAAGUUCUUACUGAACCACAAGUUGGAGUCUACCUGUGUUGAUAGCUUUUGCCAGCAGCUUCGACAUUUACUCAUGAUUUCCAAGUUUCAAGAAACUCAACUGAGAUUAUCAUAUUUCUAGUCUAUGAUUAAAUCUUUUCAACCAAUUAAACUAAGUAUAUUUUGUUCAAUCUAUUCGGUGUUUCGUGCUAUCAUGUUAAAGACAUGAAAAAACUA